AUGGGGCUUAUCGGGUUUUAUUAGAUAUUUUAUCAAUUAGAUAGAAAUAAAACACAUAGAUCAAGCGAGAAAGCUGCUUCCCUUGCUCAGUCAUGUCGAUCGCAGUCCCUCACCGGCAACUGUUCAUCGGCGGCGAGGGCGGGUGGCGGGAACCUGUCCUCGGCAAGCGGAUCCCGAUCAUCAACCCGGCCACUGAGGCCACCAUCGGAGAUAUACCGGCAGCGACCGAGGAGGAUGUGAAUCUGGCGGUGGAGGCGGCGAGGAUAGCAUUGAAGAGGAACGGUGGUAAGGAAUGGGCUCGUGCUACAGGAGCUUUUCGUGCUAAGUACCUCCGGGCAAUUGCUGCUAAGAUAACAGAGAGGAAGUCUGAACUGGCUAAGCUAGAGGCGCUUGAUUGUGGGAAGCCUCUGGAUGAAGCAGCAUGGGACAUAGAUGAUGUUGCUGGCUGCUUUGAGUACUAUGCAGAUCUUGCUGAAGCCUUGGACGCGAAGCAAAGAAGUCCUGUUUCCCUUCCCAUGGAUACAUUUAAGUCCUAUGUUCUUCGAGAACCAAUUGGAGUUGUUGGGUUAAUUACUCCCUGGAACUAUCCUUUAUUAAUGGCCACGUGGAAGGUUGCUCCUGCCUUGGCUGCUGGAUGUGCAGCUGUACUAAAGCCCUCUGAACUUGCAUCAGUGACUUGCUUAGAACUUGCUGAAGCAUGCAUGGAAGUAGGACUACCUGCUGGCGUCUUAAACAUAGUAACAGGAUUUGGGCCUGAAGCUGGUGCUCCUUUGGCAUCUCAUCCGCAUGUUGACAAGAUUGCUUUUACUGGUAGCUCGGCAACUGGGAGAAAUGUCAUGACGGCUGCUGCACAAUUGGUGAAGCCAAUUUCAUUGGAGCUUGGCGGGAAAAGCCCAAUUGUUGUAUUUGAAGAUGUGGAUAUUGAGAAAGCCGUUGAGUGGACUCUUUUCGGGUGCUUUUGGACAAAUGGGCAGAUAUGCAGUGCGACUUCUCGUCUUCUUCUACAUGAAAGCAUUGAAAAAGAAUUCAUGGAGAAACUAGUUAUCUGGGCUAAAAGCAUCAAGAUGGCAGAUCCUCUAGAAGAAGGUUGCAGGCUUGGUCCUGUUGUCAGUGCAGGACAGUAUGAGAAGAUAAAGAAAUUUAUUUCAACAGCAAGGAGUGAAGGUGCAACAAUUCUGUGUGGAGGUGAGCGCCCAAAGCAUCUUGAGAAAGGGUACUUUAUUGAACCAACAAUCAUAACCAAUGUUGAUACGUCUAUGCAAAUUUGGAGAGAGGAGGUUUUUGGGCCGGUCCUUUGUGUUAAAACAUUCAAGUCUGAAGAUGAAGCUGUAGAACUUGCAAAUGAUACACCUUAUGGUUUAGCUGGUGCUGUGAUUUCAAAGGAUCCUGAGCGCUGCAAGCGCAUAACUGAGGCAUUUCAAGUUGGAAUCACGUGGAUAAACUGCUCACAGCCCACCUUCUGUCAAGCCCCUUGGGGAGGAAAGAAACGCAGUGGUUUUGGGCGCGAACUUGGAGAAUGGGGUCUUGAUAACUACCUGAGUGUGAAGCAGGUGACUGAGUACACAUCGAACGAGCCAUGGGGAUGGUACCCCUCUCCCAAGCUGUGAACUUCUUUUUCUUCAAAGAGGGAGGUAGCUGAUUCAUCCUGCAUUUCCAUGAGAAAUAGUAAGCAGCAUUGCAAGGGUUUUGUUGGAGUCGAGGCCAUGCAAUAAGAUGAACGAGUAUUCUAAGAGAAGGGCGCAUGAUUUGAGUACGUGUUUUAAAAUGUGGACUAUUGUAGCUUGUAAUAUCACAAGCAAUAAUGAGUUGUGGUGCUUUGGCCCAUGAUUAUUGAUCAUUAAGUAGAACAAUGAAGUUUUCGUAUGUGCACGAUCUGACCAUCCUUGGAACUGAUAUAUGGGUAUUUAGUACCGCGUAUGGCAUUGCAUGAGGUGUUUUAUGCA